AUGUUUGAUUAUAAUCCAGGUUCCAUUCCUCCAUGUGCCGGUCUGUCGAGUUCAAGCUCACUUGUAUGCGCAUCUGCGCUUGCCACAUUAGCGACACAUUCUUCUCGAAUAUUUGAAGUUGUUAAUAAGGCCGAAUUAGCUGAAUUAUGUGCUCGUGCCGAACAUCUGAUAGGAACAGAAGGCGGUGGUAUGGAUCAAGCGAUUGAGAUAUUGGCUGUUAAGGGAAAUGCGAUGUUCAUUGAGUUUAAUCCACUCAAGUGGACAGCUGUUGAAUUACCGAAAAGUGCGUUAUUUGCCGUAGUGCACUGUGGUGCUACACUGAAUAAAGCUGCAACGUCACAAUUCAACGAACGUGUUGUGGAGUGUCGAAUUGCUGCACAGGUGAAGUAUGAGUUGCAUUUGAGCGAGUUUUUGCUUCGAAGUAUAUUUAUUUUCGAGUGCUUCCUUCUGGUCGAUUGUUUGGAGAUCGAACAAGUUUUGAAGUGCACCCAAGGUGAUGAAACACUUAAAUUCAAGCGUAUUUACAAGUAA